AUGGCUCAGAUCGCGCCACCGAACACCGACCCUGUCUCUACAGGCCCCAGCGACCACUCGUCUGCCACAGCCGGUCCCUCUCUCAACCCGUCCCCUGCAGGUGAAGCAAUCCAGAGCCCUAAUACUGCAUCAUAUACGUCCGCAUCGCCUGUCACCUACAAUGCACCACACUUGUACCCGAGCAACGUUGUGCCGUACGGGAGCUCGUCACUCUCCGGCGCAAACAUCCUCCCCACUCCCGUCAUGCCCGCCUCGUACCCACUUACUUCAAGCCAGCCACCCACAUCCAUGACCAGUGCUGCUGCUAAGCGCAAGCAGCCCGAUGAUUCUACAAUGUCUGCGAGUAGUGGCGCAGGCCCAAGCCGCAAGCGUCGGCAGCAAAGUGUCGCUGGAGCUCAUACCGGUGAAGGCACGGCUGAGAGAGACGAUGCGGAUGUGGGCCCGAAUGGCGGCCCGAAGCACUGGACAGACAGCGAGAAGAGUAAUCUGUUCACAUGGCUGCUCGCUAGCGAUAAGAACUGGGAUAUGUUCAAAACUAAAAUGAAUACUGUGUUCCGCGACGCGUCCGCUCAGAUAUUCGGCGGACGUAAGUCGUUUACGGCACUCAAAAGCUGCUAUCAUCGCAACGUGGAGACAUUCAAGCAGAUUUAUGCCUUCGAGGCGUUCCUCGCGCAAUUGCCUCCGGAUGCCAACAACCCCAAUAACCCUGCUUCCGGACAUACCGACCCUACGAUGGCGCGACAAGCCUAUUUGGAGCAACGACUAGAAGAUGCUCGGACGGCGGGCGCACCUGUGGCCAAUCUGAAUGUCAGGGUGAUUGAUCACUGGCAUCAGAACGGAUGGUACACUCUUUUCAAAAGCAGGUUCCGCGAAGACCCUCGUACAGGGCUUCCGGUACCAUUCUAUGGCCCGCGGAGCAUGUCGUUCCCAGACGGUCCUCCCAUACAAGAACUUGCAUAUGCGACUCCUGGAAUUGAUCCGCAGCUGACAAACGAAGAUGCAAAGGGAGACGUCGAUAUAGAUGAUGAUGUUGAGGACGCCGAGCAAGAAGGGGUGGGCGUCGUUCCCGAUGCCACGGCGAGCGCAUCCGGUGCAAUCGUAUUUUCUUCCCCAUUGCAAACGCCCAACAACUCCGGCGAUGCGUUCGGUGGGCCACCGGCGGCGCGUAGCAGACAAACAUCUCUGGCCCGAAAGCAUCUGGGGUCGACCUCGUUUGUUCCUGAUCAAUCCCACACGGUGGAAGCACUUGAUCGACUGACCGUCGCUACGCAGACCCUCGUCGACCAGUGUACGACACUAACGCAGCUGCUCCGCGUCGCGACUGAGGAUCAGAAGGUGCGGAAAACGGGCGGAGGGGGGGAGAGUGGGCUAAAUCGGAAAGAAAAGGCGUCGCUGGCAAUGGAGGCGUUGGCCAACGGAGAUGUGGGGGAGGAGGUGCGGCGCGCAGCAGCAGACUAUCUGAAGAGGCUGUUUGCGAGUGAAUGA